ACUCGGUAACUAACAUUGGGCACGCAGUUGACUGAGUCAGUCGUUGGCAGCCAGAUCAAACCCAACUCUUCCCCCUCCCUCCUUCACUCCCUCUCGCUCUUCUCAAUCUCAUCCCCGCUUGUUACCCUAGCUCCAACGCCCCGGACGGCUUUUCUUCCUACCUUUUCUGCUGUGACUGGCCUUGUCAGAGAAUGCAAAGUCGAUCUCUUGCAUGGAUAGUCGAUGCACAGACGGCCGCUACCUAGCACGGAGGGCUGAAGCUUCUCCGCAGCAGCAGCAGAAUACUACUACUCAUGCCCGCCACCGCUUCUUCAGACUAACCCCAGUAGUGUGAUUAAUGCCUACGACCUAUUUACCUCUCCUAGAGCUUCUCCUUUGCCCCCUUCCCUUCUCUUCUUUACUUUCUUCGGUUUGGAGAAAACUAGAGCGGGAUGGCUUCCCAACCGUCGCAAGGGACGUCAAGUCCUUCCGCAUCCUCCAUAUUCCUCCCGUUAGGUCGACGAAGUUCUCGCGCAUCGAUAUCAACACAGGCCGAGCGCGACAGCCUAAAUGCUGCCCUGGACCAGAUUCACACAGCCGCAUACCAGUCGGAAGCGCUCACCGUCUUUAAUGAUUUCACAAGCCCUCCUGCCCCCUCUUCGGCAACGGAUGAGAAAAGUAUAUCUGGCGAGCUCCAGGGCGGGUUGAGUGGGCUGUAUAGUCGGUUGCGGACUUCAGUAGGCGGGAUGAGAGGCAUGGUCAGCGGUGUUGGGAAAUCAUCCGAGAGGACCACGGCUGAGGAGGUUGCCCCGAAACGCCCUCCGUUGGACCGCUCAACGACAAAAUCUGCUCUUGAAGCCAUAUCGGUUGAGUCUCCACAACAAUAUCCGGCAUCCCCUCUGGGGUCGAACUUGCAUUCACCAACUGCCGUCAAUCCGCAAACUGGGCAAGAUGGUGGCAAAACGUCAAGGGUCUCCUCAAAGACCGCUAGUAUAUCCUCAAAGGCGUCCAUUGCUCCUUCCACAGCAAUCAAACCUAACGCACCUCUGUCAAAAAUGGCUAGCAGCUCCGGGACCGCGGACCCAACAGUUACCGAAUUACAUGUCAACGCGGUUAAGGACGGAUCUCGUAAUCCAGCAAAUAAUUCUAUUAAUCCGUCGCAAACUUUGCAAACAACGGACGCCACACUCAACGAUAAUGUCGAAGCCCCUACCACCACGCCCAUGAGCUCUGUGGGGUGGAACCAGCGACUAACCCACUCUCCCGUUUUACAAGCCAAAGCUUGCAACAAUCCCUAUGAAGGCUUAGGAACCGCAGAUGUUGCCAAAUCUUCUCCUGGAAAUCAGUCUCGAGAGAGUGCAAAAAGAACGGAUGGACGGGUUGGUCAUGAAACAGACACGGCCUUGCCUCCGAUGCGAAGAGCUAAACGCUCAUUCGAUGGAGCUCAAGACAGCAGCUCGCCCUUGCCAUCAGAGAGAGUGAGAUCGAAUUCUUCGAUUUCGAUAAAUCCUGAUGUGUCUACCACUGCUUCGGGGUCUAGGACGAAUAGUGUCACCCAGUUCGUUAGUGGGGAGGAGAACAUUUACCCGGAAGGCCGUACGCCUUCUACUAUCGCAACCUCAACGUCGUUCAUAGAUGGGGAGGCACAGUCCAAGGAAUCGUUGAGGUCGCCCAAAAAGUUUGAAUACAAGGAAAGAACCAGCAUCUCAGGCGCUGGCCGUCUUCCGGGUUACCCUCCCUCCCAAAUCACGCCGAUCGACACGACAGUAGGAGCCCCGACUAUCACCCCUCUAAACACAAGUAUCGAGAAUCCAAUAGGUCAGGACGGGCGGAACCGCCGCCAGAAUGUUGGAGAUGGCGUCGUAUCCCAACUCAGGAGCAGAUUGCUCAGUAAAGACUUUUGGAUGCGCGAUGAGAAUGCCAAAGAUUGCUUUCAUUGCGGGGAGCCUUUUUCGACAUUCCGGCGAAAGCAUCAUUGCCGCACCUGUGGUCAGAUCUUCGAUUCAAAAUGCACGCUUCUAAUACCAGGGGACAGGUUUGGCCAGCCAGGAACAAUUCGCGUCUGCAAACCCUGUGAGCAGAUGAUCAACGGCCAUGAUGAUGAUUCCUCCGAAUUCUCCGAUAGCGAACAAAGCCCCAUCGUGGUUAACCCCCGUCUUUCCGAACUGAGCAUUGGAAAUUCUGCACGCCACGCCGCUGACGAUGACGACACUGCGUCGAUCAUCUCCCAGUCCCUGGAGCAUGUACUGAAGACACCCACAAUGGCAAUUCCGGCGACAAGGCGUGCUGGUGAAGGUCAUAACCGCCGUUCAGCAAUUCUAGAGAUCAGCCCGGAUCGGCCACUGACCCGGCCUACAUCUUCAAGAUCCCUGAAGUCAUCCUUGAGUGGACGACCACAUUCGAUAGGGCAUAAGCGUCAUCAUUCACGCCAACAGUUCAUCCGUAAUUUCAAGCCCUAUCACGACGAUCGAGCUCCAUUUCAACGACGCCACGGAGACGACGCCCCGAUUGAAUCCCGUCUGCCUGCGUUCCACAAGGACAACAUAAUAGAUCCGGAUCUAGCUCAAUAUCUUUCAGAUGAUGCAUCUAGUGGUGACGAACAGCCAAGUUUAAUGGGCGCGGUCUCAGAAGUGGCAUUGUCUAAGAGCGGCGGGGAUAAUGAAAGGACUACGCUCGGUGGCUUCCUUGCGGCUAUGAAGAAGGGAAGAUCGGCAUUCGGAGAUCGAGGCAUGGGCGGUCUAAGUCAUUCCGGUCGCGAAUUGGAUGAUGGCAGCAUGAAUAGUUUGAGAGCAGUCAAUUUGCCUCGACAAUCUCGCCGACGCAAUCUCAGUGUUGCCAGUAGCAUUCACCGGCAGUCUCCACGGGCCUCAAAGGACAGUGUCUUCAAUCUCCAUGAACCACAGAAUACGGGUCUUAUCUUACCCACUGGGGUGAAUUCCAGCGGGUUCAAAAUGACUAGGAGCUCGUCUAUGAGAGGUUCGGGAGCUCCUCCCGUUGAAAUGAACAAAGCUAGCUUGCUGCAUGUUCGCAAGCUCUUACAGCAGCUGCUAAAUGAUGCCUCGGUCCCUCAUGCCCAGAGUUGGGAAACGGCACUCCUUCCAAUCCUGUUGAAGGCUGCGGAUGACGUGGACCCAGAGGUCCAGAGUGGUGAUGAUAUGGAUAUCCGCCACUACAUAAAGUUGAAAAAGAUACCUGGAGGAAGGCCUGGCGACACUUCCUACGUUUCGGGUUUAGUUUUUACCAAGAACGUUGCGCUUAAGAGUAUGCCCCGAAGUAUUGUACAGCCAAAGAUUUUGAUCAUCGCUUUCGCCCUUGAAUACGCUCGCCACCAGCCACAAUUUAUGAGCUUGGAACACGUUUUACGGCAGGAGCGAGAGUUCCUAGAAAACUUGAUCAGUCGAAUAGCGGCAUUACGACCCACGUUGUUGCUGGUCGAAAAGAAUGUUUCGGGGCUGGCUCUGGAGUUGCUGGACCGUGCUAGCAUUGCAACAGUCUACAAUGUCAAGUCCUCGGUUCUUGAAGCUGUUUCUCGAUGUACCCAAACAAGAAUUAUCACUUCUAUGGAUAAGCUGGUCACGACGCCGGUAAAUAGUGACUGUGGCAGCUUUGAUGUGAAGACCUACGUGUACAAAGGCCAACGGAAAACGUACAUUUACCUCUCCGGCUGUCGCAAAGAGCUUGGAUGCACAAUUGUCCUACGUGGGGGCAAUCAUGAUGUUCUCACGAAGGUGAAGAGGAUCACCGAAUUUAUGACUUAUGUAGUCUAUAACCUUAGGCUGGAGACCUGUUUGAUGAGGGAUGAAUUCGCCCAGAUACCGACAUCGUUGAAUCCUAGGGCGGAGCAGAAGAUUGAUGACGAAACACAGCAACGGCCACUAGGGUCGUCACUAGUCGCUGCUGAUGACAACUCCCAUGCACCAUCGCCAAGUCCUGAGAGUGCUUCAAAUGAGACAAAAAGCGAAGUGUCCCUCCAAGAAAACACCGCUCGUAAUGAAGUUACAGAUGUCCCUGACGAUGUUCCUAUGCCCACGUACUAUGAAGAUAUUGUUCGGGACCAUGAGACGAAGAUCCUUUCUGCUUCGCCGUUUGUUAGGUUCGAGCCCCCUUAUCUCCUGAUGCGCGCGAGAGAAAUGGAGCGCAGGCUCGCCUAUCUGAAACACCUCCGGGACAAGGACGGGGACCACGACCAAUGGUCGGAGGAGAAAGCCAAAGCUUUGAAAUUUAGUCUGAUCACCCCAGAAAUGGUGCACCAUUCACCGCAAGGGGCUCCACCGAAAGUCAAAGAAGUGUUGCAUGCAGUUCACGAUGCUGAAUAUGACCGAGCCUUGCACCACUAUCAAACUCAAAAACGUCAGUGGGAAGCCUACAUAUCUGGGACGGUUGGUCUCUUUGACCCCUACGCGCAUCAAAAUAUUGUGGUGCUUUUUAGCCUGGUGUGUACAACAACAUCCAUUCCAUGCUCCGGUCCAGACCUUCUUGCCUUGGAAUUCUACAAUGAGCAUGGAGACGACGCAAUCUUUGAACCGGAUUGUACACUUGGACAAUACGUUGAGGAUAUUUGUCUCAAUGCUCAUGCAGUCUGCACUGCGAAUGGGUGUGAAAAACGCAUGUUUGAGCAUCAUCGUCAAUACGUCCACGGUGAAGCCCAGAUUAGCAUUUUCACCCAACCAUGCCCUUCUAAACUCAGGGGUUUACAGGACACCAUUCUGAUGUGGAGCUGUUGCAAGGUAUGCGGUAAUGAAACCCAAGUCUUUCCCAUGUCCGAAAGCACCUGGAAGUACUCCUUUGGCAAAUAUCUAGAGCUUUCCUUCUGGAGCAAGAACCUACAUGCCCGUGCCGGAGUUUGCCCCCAUGACUUGCAACGUGAUCACCUUCGCUACUUCGGCUUCAAGGAUGUUGCCAUCCGGAUUCACUACGACGCCAUCAAUUUGCUUGAGAUAAUCGUCCCGAGAACACGAGUCACUUGGAAGGUCGAUAAUGACCUAAGGCUCAAGAUCGAUAUCUAUCAGAAAAUAGAACAACGUCUUACCAAGUUCAUGCUUUCAGUCAAGGCGCGGCUCAAAGGAAUCAACGUGGAAAGUGUUCUUCCGAACCUGGCUGAAGACUGCAAUAAAGAAAUAGAGAAUCUAACCCGAAAGGCCAGCGAAGACCAUGCAUUCCUGGUGAAGCAAUUGCAGGAUAGAUACAUGGACUCUCGGUAUUGGGAGGUAAUUCCCUUGAAUGAGGUGCUUCGAUCCGCGCAGGAAAAGGUUGUUGAAUGGGAUACCGCAUUUGCUGAAUUCGAAAAGAACUUCUUCCCAUCCGAGAAGGAUAUUAGGCGACUAGCAACCCUACAGUUGAAGAAGAUCUUCCUGGACAAGGAUGCUUCGGUUACCUCUCUCACCUCGACUGAUGAGCCUCCAACAACUCCCACAGAAACCGAGAGUGAGCCAAGCCAAACCCCAGAACCGAUACGGCCUAUGCGUCGGAUGACUCUAUCCCCUGAAAAGGCCCAGAAUGUUCUUGUCUCUGUUGUUGAGGAACACUCGGGUGAAAAUGAAAGAGUCGCCAAUAAGAUUCUCAACGUGGGAGACAUACAUGCAGCCGCCCCUUCACCUGUCUCAGAGGGCAAUGUGUCCUCUCUGUUUCCACAGCCGCCUCGGGCAGAAGCAGAAGCAGAAAAGGAGGCCCUGAGCUCAGAGUUGGACAUACACACCAAUCAAUCUGACAAGGCCCUAACAGUAGUACCCUCUGCGAGCGACCGCGACGAUCCAACCCAUGUUGCGGGUCAAAACGACGUGAAUACAAGUGGAAUCGGUUCCUCCCAAGAAAGGCUCAUGCCACAGGUCGCCAGCAGGCAGAGUGAUGAGGUUGAUCGGUCUGCAAAUAAUUCGCCCACUACACCGAUUCACCCAUUCUCAUCUAUCCCGAGGCCGACGGAUAGUUCUUUCCGUCGCAGCGGAAAGUCAACAUCUCCGCCCCUAUUUCGUGCCCAGUCACAACCUAUCUCGCAUCGAGAUGUGGGGCAUGACACUCCGCUAUCGAAAGGAUUGAAACUCGGAUCAGGGAGGCUCCAUAAGCAUGGCGGGCCCAUCGGUCCCCCUCACGAUUCCAAGCUGAAACACUCGGACAAGAAACUGUCGGAUCGUUUUGGCCUCAGCGCUUUUAGAAACGGAAGGCUUACGCCGGCUCCAUCGCUGAUUCCUCGCUCGAUACCCACGAAGAAGAACCGUGUGUCAUCUCUAGCAAAGCACUUCGAACAAUUAAGCCGUGAAUUCGAAAAGGAACGUCAACGCGAGCGUGAUCAACGGGCUGCUAAGGGUGCGCAAUCUCGUGCAUUCCCGCUUGCUUCUUCAAAACCAAUUGUUGAAGUGUACAAAAAUGUCCGAGAAGCCGUGGAAGAGCGAGAACCUUCGGGAGAAGGUGAUGAUCUUCUUUCGCGAAUUUCAAUUGAUGGUUCAAGCAAAGGUAGCGAUGAUUUCCCCAAGAGGCCUUCGAUGGAGGAGCAGGACAAGAUCACCGAUACCCAAGGAGUGUCAACGCCAGGACCAGAAACAGAUCAUACUCAAACCGACGAGCAUAUCCUAUCGGAGGCCGAGCCAGAGGAUGGGCAUAGUGACGAAGAACGGGCUUCGUCCGACGGUCUCCAGAUUACCGAUCCCAACGAGGAUUUAUCCAAAAUGUCGCCAGAGGACGAGCCCAUGGAUCUCAAGGAGUUGCCAAAACAUGAAAGAAGUACUCUCUUGAAGCUCUUGACCAAUUUCUGGUCGGAGCGAUCGGCCAGCGGAUGGGCCCCGCUGGAUUAUCCGUUGACUAUGUCUGACCAUAUCUUUUCGGAUUGUGAUAUCAUUGUUCGUGACGACGAGCCCAGCUCACUGAUUGCCUUUGCACUCGACUCCGGCGACUACAAGGAGAAGCUAGCGAGCAUACAGAGGCGUUAUGAGGAAGCAGAGGAGAUAUCGAUGGACAUGGACAAGGGGCCUGAGGCUGUGAACGAAACCCGGGUUGAGCACGCACUUCUGCGGUCAACCGGCACACAUCUCAAGUAUGAAUUCCAAGAAGGACAAGCCAAGAUGCUGUGCAAGAUCUUCUACGCAGAGCAGUUUGAUGCUUUACGCAAGAAGUGCGGGAUUGCAGAGCGAAUUGUUGAGUCGCUUUCUCGGUGUGCCAAAUGGGAUUCCAAGGGCGGAAAGACAAAAUCAUUGUUCCUCAAGACGCAGGAUGAUCGAUUCAUUCUCAAGUCAUUGUCCCCGAUCGAAACGCAAGCGUUCUUGAAAUUCGCUCCUGCCUAUUUCCAGAUCAUGUCUGAAGCGCUGUUCCAUGAGCUCCCAUCUGCGAUUGCAAAGAUGUUUGGCUUCUACCAAGUCAUUAUCAAGAAUCCCGCAACCAACACGGAGUUCAACUGGUUUCUUUUGUUGAUGGAGAACCUGUUCUAUGACCGGGUCCCUACGCGCAUUUUCGACCUCAAGGGCUCAAUGCGAAACCGCAAGGUACAAAGCACCGGUGAACGGAAUGAGGUUUUGUUGGACGAAAACAUGGUGGAUUUCAUUUACGAAACGCCGUUGUUUGCUCGCGAACACUCGAAGAAGCUCCUCAGCCAAAGCGUGUGGAAUGAUACGCUAUUCCUCGGCCGACAAAACGUCAUGGACUACUCCCUGAUGAUUGCCAUUGACGAGAGUCGGUCGGAGUUGGUGGUCGGAGUGAUCGACUGCAUUCGCACAUACACUUGGGACAAGAAACUCGAGUCCUGGAUCAAAGACCGAGGAUUUGCUGGCGGGGGGAAGAACCGGCCAACGGUUACCAGCCCCAAGGAAUAUAAAGGCCGAUUCCGGGAGGCGAUGGCCCGAUACGUGCUCCAAGCUCCAAGUUGUUGGCAUCAAUUCCAACCCUCCCAGAUCCACCGGUUUGCACCGGUGGACCAUCCCCCACACCCGGGCCACCUUGUCAUAGCGGACGGCGAUGGCGCUGAGGAAUAAAGAAUGGGAUUCUUCCAGGUGUAGACGAUAACAUCGUGUUGUGUCGUGUAUGGGUUUCUCUAUGAUGAGUAUACGAGUUUAUGAUGAUGUAUCUAUAAUGGUUAUAUCCAUGACAUGACGACGAACAUACGCACAGGUGCGCUUUUCUUUCAUGUAUGGAGUACAGCAUCUCUCCCUCCCUCUCUCUCUCUCUCUCUCUCUCUUUCUCUUUUUCCUUUUCUUUACCUUUACUACUUCCUACAACCUCUCUGUGAUGACUCUUUAAUACAAGCCCUCUACGAGUCCAACAAACCCAGGAUAGGCAACCAAAAUCAAUAAUCUUAUAAUAUCAUAAUACAAAAGAUUAAAU